AUGCCCAAGCAUCCCACCUCACCCAGAACUGCACCCAACAACAAUGCCUGCGCGGCCGCAUGGACUCACGACUGUCGGCGAGUGCAGACGAGAAAAAAAAAACAAAACAAAAAACGCGAGAGUGCCGCCGACCGACAAGUACGCCCGAAAGAGAGGCGCGGCAAGCACAGCCGCCAGAAGGGGCACCGCAGCAGAGCCCCCACCCCCCCCCAAGAGCCCAAAGAACACCCGCAAAAACAGAGACCCGAGGCUCGCAGCGCCAGAGGCAGAGCCCAGGAGGACUGA